AAGAGGGACUGCUGUUCAAGCUCUGUCUUCUCAGAAGAACAUUUGAAAAAGGAAGAACUUAAGAUGCAUUCAGUGCUUUGCUUUACGGAACUUUUAAGCCUCUUCAUUUCACUUAUUGGCUAUAUCUGCUGCAUUGUGGCUUUGUUCAUUCCAAACUGGUUGACUUUCUCAUCAGGUCUUCUCGUAAAUGAAAGUUAUCUGAUCGGUUUAUGGCAAACCUGUGUCAUUCAAAACAUAGGUUCAAGCGUUUGUCAAAAUUUCGGAUCACUCCUUGACCUCCCACUUCAAAUCCAAAUGGGUCGAGUCCUCGUUUGUCUUUCUUUGUCGAGUGGUACAUUGGGAUUUUUGAUGUCCACACCUGCAAUUACCUGUGUUAAGUGCCUUGAUGACAGUGAAUACUACAUAAGAAGAAUCUUCAUUAUAUUUGGAGGAGUUCUCUUCACUCUUGCUGGAGCAUUAAUAUUCUCCUAUGUGUCCUAUUUUGCCUAUGACUCAUUGACAAAAUUUUGGGACAUGAACAUACCCAAGGAUGUACCCCGUUGGGAAUAUGGGGAUGCAAUGUUUUUUGCAUGGGCUGGUGGAUUUUUGUUGCUAUCUGGGGGAAUUGUUCUCAUCGCUUCUCAGAUUUACCUCACCGAUGAAUUAAAAGAGCCUCCACCAAUUGGAAUAAGUCCGAACAACUCAAGCACAGAAUAUGUGUAA